UGUCUCUGUCAAUUAUUCCGUCUCCUAGCACCUACAGGGGGCCCAGCCUUGGAUGGAUAAUCUUGGCCAGACACUUAACCAAGUCGACACUAUAGAGAGACACAUGAAAUAUCUACGGUGCCUUCAACAUAUAGAGGAACUCAGUGCUGCCGUUCAGCAGUGUCUGAUGACCAGCAGUGUCUGGGAGGCCAUAAGGGCAGUGGACAGCAUGGCUAUGCUGGAUGCAGGACUAAACCAAUCUGGGUGUUCUCACCUUCAGAACUUCCUCCGAGAAACACUUCACUUCUGGCACAAAAUCAUCAAAGACCGACUGGCCAGUGAUUUUGAGAAAGUAUUGACUCAACUUCAUUGGCCCAUUAUAUCCCCUCCGACUCAGUCACUGACUCCCACUGCCAACUGUCAGGAGCUCAACAGCCAGCUGGAGCUGCUGGUCACACAGCUGCUUGCCCUGCAGACCUCGUAUCCUUCAGUUUCUCCACACCUCUGUUCUGUACACAUGUAUAGUUUUCAUAAUAUACUGUAUACUUCAGAGUAAACAUAAUGCCACCUACAUUCCAUGAUGGGGAGCAGGUCAAGGAUUUCAGUUACCCAGUGAAAUAUCUCCACAUCCACCUGAUGGGUUGGUGUUAAACUUCCAUAUACAUUCAUGCUUUCCAAAUAGUGUAUCCUAGUAACUUUGAUGAUG